AUGGCGAACCUUGAUCUCAAUCCAGAAAAUAGGAGGUCGAGUUCUGGAUCAACCCUGCAACCAGAUACAGUGAUUAAGCAAGAAAAAAUUGCUGGUGAGGGAGCAACCGACGAAGCUCAAAUCGCAACCGAGUAUCCCCAUGGUAUACGCCUUUUCCUCGUCAUUGUGGCAGUCGUAUUCAGCGUCCUAUUGGUAGCACUGGACCAAACCAUCGUCGCUACCGCAAUUCCCAAAAUUACAGACGAAUUCCACGGUCUCAACAAGGUGUCAUGGUAUGGCUCGGCGUACUUCAUGACAUUCGGUGGCUUUCAAUCUUCAUGGGGCAAAGCCUUCAAAUACUUUCGAUUGAAAUGGGUCUUUUUGUUAUCAAUGUUUAUCUUUGAGCUUGGAAGUUUAAUCUGCGGGGUGGCACCAAAUCCGAUAGCCUUGAUCAUCGGACGAGCUAUUGCUGGUAUAGGUGGUGCUGGCAUGGCUGGCGGUGCCUUCACUAUUGUUGGCUUUUCUGCUGAGCCAAAGAAGAGACCUCUGUUCCUCGGCGUGUUGGGACUUACCUAUGGGAUGUCUGCUGUGAUGGGCCCACUCCUGGGUGGAGCCUUCACAGAUCGCGUCUCCUGGAGGUGGUGCUUUUACAUCAAUCUCCCUAUUGGGGGGCUGGUAGCCGCAUUGAUUGUCUUCUUCUUUAGCAAUCCAGAAGCAGCAAAACCAGUGGAGGCGACGUGGAGGGAGAAGAUUUUGCAGAUGGACUUUGUCGGCGUGGCACUGGUCAUGGGUUUUAUUAUCAGCUUCACAUUAGCUCUCCAAUACGGUGGGCAGAGCAAAGCAUGGAGCAGCAGUGAGGUGAUCGGCCUGUUCGUGGGCUUUGGUCUCAUCUUGAUCACAUUGGUUAUCUGGGAAUUCUUCCAGGAUGAGCGCGCCAUGAUGGUUCCACGCUUGAUAAAGCAACGAUUUAUCUGGACCGGUGCCCUCUUCCAAUUGUUCUUUGCCGGCGCGUACUUUAUUCUCCUCUACUACCUCCCGAUCUAUUUUCAGUCAAUCGACAAUACCAGCGCCAUUGGAUCUGGCGUACGAAACCUCCCGACGGUAAUAGCAGUCGGUAUAGGUGGUCUUGUUGGGGGUACUGUAGUCUCCACAACCGGUUACGCAACUCCCUUUUCCGUCGCAGGUUCUGCUCUUGCAACAGUAGGUACUGGGCUGUUAUACACCUUGGAUAUUGGAACCAGUCCUGGCAAAUGGAUCGGGUAUCAAAUUCUUGCCGGAUUCUUCUUUUGCUUCCCGUAUAUGAAUUCCAUGAACAUCGUUCAAGCAUUGUCAAAACCUGAAGAUAUGUCCUCUGCUGUAUCAAUUAUAUUUUUCUUCCAAAGCCUCGGCGGCUCCUUUGCCCUCGCAGCUGCGCAAUCUGCCUUUGCUAAUAAGAUCAUCACCACUUUGGCCACCUCUGCACCAGGAGUCGAUCCGUUUAUAGUAGUCGGAACAGGUGCUACGGAUAUCCGUAAGGCUUUCACGCCUGAGAAGGUCCCUGGCAUUCUCGUCGCGUAUAUGCAAGGCAUCAAGACCGCAUUCGCAAUUGCCGUCGCCUUUACUGGAUUCUCGUUUUUGCUGAGCUUCUUGAACACCUGGAAGAAACUUUACACCCCCGGUGGUGGAAAGAACGCCGCUGUUGCAAUUGCCUAA